GAGAAUUGACAGGUGGUGGCCUCAGCAGUUACAACCUACUACACAGCUUCUAGUCCGUGCAAUACGGUCACAUUGUUAUUCCCCCCGCACCGGGCUGAGGAGCGCAGCGCUGCAGACCAAGUGGUACUCGGGAGCUGUCUCUUCCGGGGACUGGAUCCGGGCGGGGGCAUAGGGACAGGGCGUUGAGGGUCAGCUGAGAAGAUAAAAGCUCGCGGGUGCAUCACAGCGGACUGUGGUGUCCUGAUCCGGAACCCCCACGCCAGUCCGCCAGUCACAGCGCGCGCUCCUCAGCCGCCCCCGGCCCGGCCCGAGCGCCCUUUUCUGGGGCUCCUGGCCCCGCCUGGGCAGUUUCGGUCUCCUAGUGGCCGGCCAGGCUGCACGGAGCAAGGAGGCUUGCUCCCAGUACAUACCCUGUCGAGCCGCACCCGGCUGAGCCACGGCUGGAGCCCGGGGUCCAGAGCGCUGUGGUGCAACGAGGCGCCCCCGGCGGGAGGAGCGCGGCUUCCACCAGGGUAGCCUAAGGUCAUAACAGUUAUCAGCCAAGCUGCACCAAACAGCAGACAUCCUAAGAGGGAACAUUUCCCAGCUCUAUAAUGAAGAAAAGCAGGAGUGUGAUGACGGUGACGGCGGAUGAUAAUGUUAAAGAUUAUUUUGAAUGUAGCUUGAGUAAAUCCUACAGUUCUUCCAGUAACACACUUGGGAUCGACCUCUGGAGAGGGAGAAGGUGUUGCUCAGGAAACUUACAGUUACCACCAUUGUCCCAAAGACAGAGUGAACGGGCCAGGACCCCCGAGGGAGAUGGCAUUUCCAGGCCGACCACGCUACCGUUGAUGACACUUCCAAGCAUUGCUAUAACAACUGUAAGCCAGGAGUGCUUUGAUGUGGAAAAUGGCCCUUCCCCAGGUCGGAGCCCACUGGACCCCCAGGCCAGCUCUUCCUCUGGGCUGGUGCUUCACGCCACCUUUCCUGGGCACAGCCAGCGCAGAGAGUCCUUUCUGUACCGAUCAGACAGCGACUAUGACUUGUCACCAAAGGCGAUGUCAAGAAACUCAUCACUUCCAAGCGAGCAACACGGCGAUGACUUGAUUGUCACUCCAUUUGCCCAGGUCCUUGCCAGCUUGCGAAGUGUGAGAAAUAACUUCACUCUACUGACAAACCUUCAUGGAACAUCCAACAAGAGGUCCCCAGCGGCUAGUCAGCCUCCUGUCUCCAGAGUCAACCUGCAAGAAGAAUCUUAUCAAAAAUUAGCAAUGGAAACGCUGGAGGAACUAGACUGGUGCUUAGACCAGCUAGAGACCAUACAGACCUACCGCUCUGUCAGUGAGAUGGCUUCUAACAAGUUCAAAAGAAUGCUGAACCGGGAGCUGACACAUCUCUCAGAGAUGAGCCGAUCAGGGAACCAGGUGUCUGAAUACAUUUCAAAUACUUUCUUAGACAAGCAGAAUGAUGUGGAGAUCCCGUCUCCCACCCAGAAAGACAGAGAGAAGAAAAAGAAGCAGCAGCUCAUGACACAGAUAAGCGGAGUGAAGAAACUGAUGCACAGUUCAAGCUUAAACAAUACGAGCAUCUCCCGCUUUGGAGUCAACACCGAGAAUGAAGAUCACUUGGCCAAGGAGCUUGAAGACCUGAAUAAAUGGGGCCUUAAUAUCUUUAAUGUGGCUGGAUACUCUCACAAUCGGCCCCUAACGUGCAUCAUGUAUGCCAUAUUUCAGGAAAGAGACCUCCUAAAGACAUUCAAAAUUUCAUCUGACACAUUUGUAACCUACAUGAUGACUUUAGAGGACCAUUACCAUUCUGACGUGGCAUAUCAUAACAGCCUGCACGCUGCUGAUGUAGCCCAGUCAACCCAUGUUCUUCUUUCUACGCCAGCAUUAGAUGCCGUCUUCACCGAUUUAGAAAUCCUGGCUGCCAUUUUUGCGGCUGCCAUCCACGACGUGGAUCACCCUGGAGUCUCCAAUCAGUUUCUCAUCAACACAAAUUCAGAACUGGCUUUGAUGUACAAUGAUGAGUCUGUGUUGGAAAACCAUCACCUGGCUGUGGGUUUCAAACUGCUCCAAGAAGAGCACUGUGACAUCUUCCAGAAUCUCACCAAGAAGCAACGUCAGACACUCAGGAAAAUGGUUAUUGACAUGGUUUUAGCAACUGAUAUGUCUAAACACAUGAGCCUGCUGGCAGACCUGAAAACAAUGGUAGAAACAAAGAAAGUGACGAGCUCAGGUGUUCUCCUUCUGGACAACUAUACUGAUCGUAUACAGGUCCUUCGCAACAUGGUACACUGUGCAGACCUGAGCAACCCCACCAAGUCCUUGGAAUUGUAUCGACAAUGGACAGAUCGCAUCAUGGAGGAAUUUUUCCAACAAGGAGACAAAGAACGAGAGAGGGGAAUGGAGAUUAGCCCAAUGUGUGAUAAACACACAGCUUCUGUGGAAAAAUCCCAGGUUGGUUUCAUUGACUACAUUGUCCAUCCACUGUGGGAGACCUGGGCAGAUCUGGUACAACCCGACGCUCAGGACAUUCUGGACACGUUAGAAGACAACAGGAACUGGUAUCAGAGCAUGAUACCCCAGAGUCCCUCCCCACCACUGGACGAAAGAAACAGAGACUGCCAGGGUCUGAUGGAGAAGUUUCAGUUUGAACUGACUCUGGAAGAGGAGGAUUCUGAAGGACCUGAAAAGGAGGGAGAGGGCCACAACUAUUUCAGCAGCACAAAGACACUUUGUGUCAUCGAUCCAGGAAACAGGGAUUCACUGGGAGAGACUGAUGAUGUGGACAUUGUGACAGAAGACAAGUCCCCGAUUGACACAUAAUCUCCCUGCUCAUGUGGAGACGAACAUUCCACCCUUGACAAGCAUGCCAGCUGUAUGGUAGGGCCAGCCCAUCACCAGGGCAAGGCCCACACCGGACAAAGGUCACCUGGCCUUUGCAGUUACUUGAGUUUGGAGCCAGAAUGCAAGGCCAUGAAGCAAAUAGCAGCUCAGGAAUCCCGUGGUUGACUUGCCUGGCCUGCAGGCUUGGUGGAGAGCUGAAGUUUUAUUAUGGUAGUGGAGGCCAGUAUCCCAUCGCGACUCAAUGGCUUGAAAAAUGGAAGACACAAAACUGAGAGAUCUCUCUGCACUAAGUUUCGGGACCUGUCCCGACAAGUGACUGAACUCACUGAUUAAUAACCCCAUUUAUAAAUCUGCUCACCUGUC